AUACCUAACUUGCUAAAAAAGCUGAAUUCGAAAUUUUUUUUUUUUAAUUUUUCAAACUGCGAGUGUGUUUGUUUUCCCUCCCUUCAACAUCUUCUUUUCCAGAAAUCCAGAAAAUGGCAUUAAAACUGAUAAUGGUGCAAGGCCCCAGAAAAGGAGAGAGCGUAGAAUACCCAGUCGGAUCCACAAUUCGGAUCGGUCGGAUAGUCCGCGGAAACAAAAUCGCCAUCAAAGACGUUGGGAUUUCCUCCAAGCACCUCUCCAUCGGAUCCGAAUCCGGAAAAUGGGUGCUCCGAGACCUCGAUUCCUCCAAUGGAACCAUCCUCAACGGCAUUCGGAUUCAACCCAACACUCCUUUCGACCUCCGCGACGGCGACAACAUCAAGAUCGGAGAAUACACCAUAAUCUCCGUCGUCAUCAAUGACUGCGAUGGUGAUGGUGGUGAUGAUGAUGAUGAUCAGAGCCAGUUGAGGAAGAAGAACCCUAGGCCGCCGCGUGGUGGUGGUGGAGUCCGAUCGGUUCCGCCGGCUCCGGCGCCGGCGAUUGUUGGCCGGAGAGGUAAGAUUGGGAAGGAGACCGAGGAGGUGAAGCAUGAGGACGUUGCGGUGGUGAAACGGAAAAGGGGUCGGCCUAAUAAAGCUAGGGUUUCGGUAAGUGGAGCCGUGGAGGAAGAGAAGAUUCUGGAAGUCGAUGAGGGUUCAAGUUCAGAAUGUGUGGAAACGAAACCUGCAAAGCAAGCUACGACGACGAGGCAGACUCGGAGCUCGAAGAACAAGAAGGAAAAUGCAAAUGAGGUAGUGUCUGGUUCAGUGUUAGGGAAAAUUCCAGAGGAUUCUUCUGUUGGUGCAGAAGAAGGAAAAAUUGUUGAAGUGAGAAGAACUCGUGCAGGUUUGCGGGGUAGGAAGAAUUUAGCUCAGCAAAAGCCAUCUGGGUAUGGUACGAAUUUGGAAGACAGUGAUUCCAUUGAUGUUGCAGAAGAAGCUGCUGCUGAGAGUGUAAAGGGUUCGAAUUUGGAAGGUGGUGAUGGUGAAGAAGCUGUUCCAAAUGAGCUUAAGGAUGACAAUGUUGAAGCGAGGAAUCGUCAUGACGGUUUGCGCAGUAGAAAUAAUUUAGCUCAGGAGAAGAGGAAUUUGGGAGAUAGUGAUUCCAUAGAUGUUGCAGAAGCUGCUGAGAGUGUAAAGAGGUUGAAUUCGGAAGAUGGUGAUGGUGAAGAAGCUGUUCUUAAUGAGGUUAAGGAUGAUGACAAUGUGAAAGCUGAGGGUGUGGAAGAGAGUUCUAGUGAGGCAAAAAAUGGGGGCGAUUUCGGUUCGAAAGAGACUUUGAACAAUGAGUUUGGGGAUCUUCUUGAGAAGAUGACACUUGGAGAGUUGUUUGAUUACAUGGAGGUUAACUUGCCAAAACAGAUAAUUGAAGCCACUGAGGAGAUUAUUAAGGGUAUGAAGGAGAAAGCUGAACGAGUUCAUGAAUAUGUCAUAGAGCAAAAAAAGGGGAAGGGUAAAGUUCCUGUGUCCUAGAGAGGAUGACCAAAAGUGUUUGUUUUUUCAUGGUAAUUAGUAUAUAACAUCCAUAUUUUUAUACUUUGCUAGAUAUUCCUGUCUUAGCGUACUAAAAUUACUUUCACUUUUGUAGUUUGAGGCUUGUUCUAAAUAUCAAAAUCAGUGUAUUAGUGUACUGAAUGCUUGAUUUUGGUCUUAUAACAUGGAUUAAAAAUAGAGGAGAAAACAUAUUAGAAGAACAAUUCAAGUUCAUUGCAUUAAGAGCUUUUCGUAUUAUUACUAUAACUUGGUUUUGGUUUUGACAGGUAAUCCAUAUUAAACACUUGCCCUUUACUAAGACUAAUGUGGGACGCUGUUUUCUCUAUGUUGUUUGUUUUCGCAUUUUUCAAUUUUCUCAAUCAAAUUAUUUUCAACCUCUAUGAAAAAAAUGCUGGCAUUUCCUAAAGUUGAUUUUAGGGACUUAUUUGGUAUGAUGUUUCACUGCUAAGAGUCUAAAAAAAUGUAGGGAUUUCCUCUUUUUAACGAUAUAUGCCUUGUUUUAGACCUUUCUUGACAGUUCUGCUUUUUGAUAAAUGUCUGCUAUCCAAGUGUUUGUGUAGUAUACGUUAUGCGUAUUAUAAGUCGCGUUCUAAUCUGAACAAGUUCAUCAAUAUGUUGUAUAGCAAAAGAAUUAGAAGGGUGAAGUUCCUGUAUCCUGGAGAGUAAAAAUAAUUUCAUUUUUGUAGCUUGAGGCUUGCUCUAAGUAUCAAAAUCAGUGUAUGGUUCAUGUUUGAUCGGUCUAAUAUCAUGGAUUAAAAAUAGGGGAAAAAACAUAUUAGAAGCACAAUUCAUGUUCACUACAUUAAGUGCUUUUUGCAUUAUUGCUUUAACCUGGUUUGGUUUUGACAAGUAAUACAUUUCAAACACUUGACCUUUACAAAGACUCUAAAUUUGGGACUCUGUUUUCUCUAUGUUUUUUCUUUUGACAUUUUUCAAAUUUCUCACCAAAUUAUUGUCAGCCUCGAUCUAAAAUGCUAACAUUUCCUUAAAUUAAUUUAAUGGCAUAUUGUCUUUUAUGUCUGUAUGUUUUCACUGUCAGUCUUAAAAAAUGGAUGGAUUUCCUCGUUUAUUUAUAUAUGCAUUAUUUGAGACCUUUCCUGACAGUUCUUCUGCUGUUUAUUGGUUGUGCACAUCUGAAAUUGUUGCUCUGUAUCUAGUGCAAGUUCCUGCCAAAUGUUUGUUAUUCAAGUGUUAGUGCAUGCGUUAUGUGUAGUGUAUUUUAAGUGUUAGCAAAAAAAUAACACAAUAAAUAAAUAAAAACUAUUGUUCAAAUACUUCGAACUAUAAUUGGACAGAGAAAAGCCACCGCAUUAGGCAGUUCAAAAUGGGAUAAACGGAAACAAUUAACCAAUAGAUUCUUUUCGUUUCACUGUAAAAGCAAACUGCAAAAUUUUCUCCCUCUUGAGGUCAUUGUAAUUCACACAUUCAGCUAUUGACCAACUUUCAUUUGUCUACUUUAUUUUGAAUAAGGCAAAGUUUAACAAAGCUGCUCGAAUAUUGGAUUGCAGCUCCCAACUUUCUGUUGCAAUGUAUCAGCCCUUAGGAGUCAUCCAACAAGCGUUUGGACCCAAAAAAGGGUUAGUUUUUUCUUGAACAAACUGGUCCGUUUCAAGUCGGACACCUAUUUUUUUGGUUAUAGUUUCAAGUUGGACUUCACGGAGAAUAGUAAAAGUAUUUGAUAUAUAUAUAUAUAUAUACAUACUUGAGGAGGAAAAGUUAUUUAGUUUUGCUCGAGGAAAUAAUGGUUUUAUCACUUAAAACUGUUCCCCAAAAGUAGGAGGAAACCAAAUCAACGAGAUUGUAACAAAAUUAGGCUACUUUAGGUAGAGUUGUAAUAUUGAAAUAUAAAAAUAAGACCAACAUUAUGGAAACUAUGGCCUUUCUACCCUCUAUAGUCUACUUCCUCAAUUUCUCUCUCUGCCUCCCCAUUUUCUCAAAGCCAUCAAACCCCUAAAACACACGCCCAUGAGUUGCAAUUCCAACUCAAUCGUAAUCUCAAAAAUUUAUCCAUCCAAAAACAAACAAAAAAUGGAAAGAAAAACCAAAAAAGAAGCGGCGAAGUGAACUCUACCAUUAUAUUGGGCUAAGAGAUUAAAAGAGAAUACAAAUCUAGGAAGCAGGAAGAACCAACCAAUGAGUAUAUAUAACUUAGAAGAAAAUUCUGAUACACAAACACAUACUUCUGACCUGGUUGUUGAAGAAAAAAAAAAAAUGGUAAAAAUCUUCUGACAAAAAGUAUCUGCUUCCUAACUAGCUCCCCUGCCGAAACAGAGAAGCCUCUGCACUUACAUUCCUCUCAUACCUUUCUUUCCAUACGUAUACAUAAAUAAAUCAAACUCAGCUCAUCUUUUGUGUCCCUUAUUUCCAUCAAGGAAGUAAAACACCUCCCCAGCACCCCCAAAAGAAUGUUGUGCCUUUUUUUUUUUUUUUUUUUUUUUCCCCC